UCCUCCAGAUAACUGCAAUGGGGAGAAGUGAGAGACGCCAUCUUGGAUAUCAUACCGGGGAAAUACAUUGCAUCUAUCAGUCAGAUGAAAGACGUCUGUGACUGGAUUGUGGGAUUUGUGGACUGUGAAACGAAAGACAAAUUUUAUUAAAGCUUACUAAGAUGGUAUUAUGAUAGGGUCCAGGGGCGUAACUAGACUUUUGAAAUGUGUACUCAAGAAAAUAGCGACACCACUCGAAAUCGUGCCAUUCAGUCACUAGUAAUUCCAAUCUGUAAAACUUAUUUUCUUUCUUACAAACGCUUGUAUUGAUCAAAUUCGUAUGACGUCAUUCAUUACGACUGUCAUAUCUUCAUGAAACCCAAGCUUUGAAUGACGUUGGGGAUUCCCCUAAAGUGGAGCGUUAAUACGUAACGUUGAGAAUUUAGUGCGAUUGUUGAAAAAACAAGUGUACUGAAAUAGCUAAAUUGUGUAUAAGCAGAAACAUUUUGUACUCAAAUGAGUACAUUGCGUACACGUAGUUACGCCCCUGGGGUCAGUGCUUUUUGGUGUGUUCAGUUCUCAACAACGGAUGUUUGAAGGUCGAAUUCAUUGGCUACCGGUGUGGAUCGACGAAACGUUCAUCUGCGACUACUUUGAAGAAAAGAACUGUGAUAAAGUUAGGUCAGUUUGCCUGACGGACGCGUCAACAACAACGACACCGGCAAACAAAGACCUGAAGACGAUAAGUAAGGUGUGUUACUCUGGGUGCCACAGAGAGCCCAAAUCCAAAGUGCUGAGAGAAACAAGAACAAAGUCAGGUGAAAGUUCCAGUUCCAGUAGUGAUAGUAAAAGUGACAAGAGUGUUCAUUUAUUAGGUAUAAAAAGUAAAAGUGAUUAUUCCAAAACAAACACAGGAAGAACUGUUACACGCAAAAAGAGACUUUAAACAAACAUUGAAGAAAUUAAAUAUUUAAAUCAUCAACAGAACUUUAAAGAAUAAUAAUAGAUAACAUAUUUACUUACCUUUAUAAAUUACAAAUGUAUAUACUUACCGGUUCGUUCCGAUGUUCUUGUGAGGCGUAGGGCUGCCGUAAGUCCCUGUUCUUGUCAUCUGCCCUGAAAAAGACAAAAUAAAUAUUUAAAAGAGAAAAAAAUCUCGGCCUUUUGGCUAAG